AUAGGAGAUUGUUAGAAAGACUCUGCUUUGUGCUCGUAUAUAAUUCUACUUCUGCUCUAUAUGUGUGCCCGACGUUCGACGAUAGAAGAACAAAGUCUGGUGCUGGUCGGUGGCGGUCUCCAUCGGCCGCGCCGCAAGUAGUCCCCACUCCGCCGCCGAGCGUGUGAGAGAGACGGAGACAGAAGCAGCUUUCGUUUCGCUGUAGCACGCUCUACAGUGUGUUCGUUCUCGAUGCGCGUUCAGUGCGAUUCGAACGAGUAAAGCAAGAACGAGUUUGCUCUCGAGUAAUUUUCUCGUCGCUCGGUCGCUCCACAAAGGUUGAUGUGCUCAAUUCCGUGCUGCAAAGUGAAACAAUCGCGGGGAAUAUUCGUGGUCGUCGUCGUCGUCGUCGCAAGUGCAGUUCGUCCGAGUGAAGAGUGCGGUAGAUGAGUCAUUUCGAGGGAGGAAAUAUGGAUUGGCCCACACCUACGUGAUACAAAGUGUCAGUGCGAUUCCUAUCACCAUUAUAUCACACUGCACUGGGUGUAGUGCAGUGAAAUGGCUGUGAAAUGGGUGCUAGUGUUGAAAUGCUGCAGAGUGCUUCUGGGUUUGUUUUGCUUCGUAACAAUAACGCUGGACAGUGCGCAGGGUUCGUGCCACUGGUCGCAGGACGGCAACGAUACGCACUCGGCGAUCUGCACUCUGCGUGCUCUCGACCCGUCCAGUGUCGCGGGCCUCUUCCCCUCGCUGGACGGCGCCCUCAAGCUGCAGCUCAGCUGUAGCAGCGGACACUACGCGGAGAGCACGAUCGCGGGCGAGAGCUGGAAUCGACUCAACGGCAUCGACGAGCUCGUCAUCAGCGACUGCAAGAUCCUGGAGAUCCCCAACACCGCCUUCCAGCCGCUCGCCGACCUGAAGCGGCUCAAGGUGCAGACCCUGAACCACGAGUGGAAUGCAGAACGCACUCUCAAGGUGGCCUCCGAGGCUCUCGUGGGUUUGCGCGAGCUGCAGACUCUCGAGUUCGUCUACAGCAACAUUCGAGCGCUUCCAACGAACGUCAUUUGCGGCCUGGGCAAUUUGCAGACUCUCAAUCUAACGGGAAAUCAGUUCCAUGCCGUGGAGGACGUGGGGCUGGCGGAAACUCGCGCGAACAGGGCGGACUGUCGUGCCGACAUUCGUAUUCUAGAUCUCGCACGCAAUCAGAUUCGAACGUUACGUGAAGAGAGUCCGCUCUCUGGGCUGCGGCAGUUGCAGGAGUUGUACCUGCAGCACAACGCGAUCGACGAAAUUGCGAGCGAUGCCCUCACCGGCCUCACGAACCUCAGGAUUUUCAACGCCAGCUUCAACGAUCUACAUUCCCUGACGGAGGGAAUUUUCGUCGGUACCAGGGACCUUCGCGAAAUCUACCUCCAGUACAACCAGUUGCGAAACCUCCCCCGGGGCACUUUUUCUCGGCUCGAGCAACUCUUGGUGCUCAACCUCGCUGGUAACCGACUCACCAGCGACCAGGUUGACGAGCUGACCUUUCUAAAUCUAAUUCGCCUCAUUGUUCUCGAUUUGUCCUACAACAUGUUGACGAAAAUCGACGCCAAAAUGUUCAAGGAUCUCUUUUUUCUGCAGAUUCUCGAUCUUAGAAACAAUUCCAUUAGUUUCAUUGAAAGCAAUGCAUUUUUACCGCUUUAUAAUUUACACACCUUGGAGCUCACGGAGAAUAAUAUUCACUCCAUCGGACCACAGCUCUUCAACGGUCUCUUUGUUUUGAAUCGACUGACACUCUCCGAAAACUCCAUUGUUUCCAUUGACCCAUUCGCGUUUCGCAACUGCUCCGACCUGAAGGAACUCGACCUCAGCAGCAACGAACUCACCGCCAUACCGGAAGCACUGCGGGACCUCGCUUUCCUGAAGACUCUCGACCUCGGCGAGAACAAAAUCACCGAGUUCCACAACGGCUCUUUUCGGAAUUUGAAUCAAUUAACAGGACUCAGACUCAUCGGCAACGAGGUGGGCAACCUGACCCGAGGCAUGCUCUGGGACCUGCCGAACCUGCAGAUCUUAAACCUCGCCAGGAACAAAGUGCAGCAUGUGGAGCGAGACACUUUCGAAAGGAACGGUCGCUUGGAGGCCAUUCGACUGGACGGUAAUUUUCUUUCCGAUAUUAACGGUGUUUUCACCAGCAUUGCAAGUCUGUUAUUAUUGAACCUCUCGGAAAAUCACAUCGAGUGGUUCGAUUAUGCAUUCAUUCCGAGCAACUUAAAGUGGUUAGACAUUCAUGGGAAUUUUAUCGAGAGCCUCGGAAACUAUUACGAAAUUCCUGAUUUACGAGUGAGAACGCUGGACGCCAGUCAUAACCGGAUCACGGAGUUGGCACCUCUCUCAGUGCCCGACAGCGUGGAACUCUUGUUCAUAAACAACAACUACAUCAGUGUGGUGCGGCCCAACACAUUCACCGGCAAAGUGAACCUCACGCGAGUCGACAUGUACGCGAACAUGAUCGAGACCAUGGAACUGACCGCGCUCCGCCUGACACCCGUGCCCGAGAGCAAGUUGCUGCCCGAGUUCUACAUCGGCGGCAACCCCUUCAACUGCAACUGCUCGAUGGACUGGCUGCCGGUGAUCAACAACAUCAGCGCGCUGCGCCAGUACCCGCGCGUGAUGGACCUCGACAACGCCAUGUGCCGCGUGUCGGGGCCGCGGGGGUCGGCGGUCAUCCCCGCGUACCUGGCGCGGCCCGAGCAGUUCCUGUGUCGCUACGAGACGCACUGCUUCGAGUUGUGCCAUUGCUGUGAGUACGACGCGUGUGACUGUGAAAUGACGUGCCCGCUGGAUUGCAAGUGCUACCACGACCGGACUUGGAAUACGAACGUGGUCGACUGUUCGGGUCUCGGAACUCGCGAAAUUCCGCGGCGGGUGCCCAUGGACUCGACGGAGGUCUACUUGGACGGCAACAACUUCCGCGAGUUGCAGAACCACGUGUUCAUCGGACGCAAGAACAUGCGAGUGCUCUUCGUGAACGCGAGUCAGAUCGAGUCGAUUCAAAACAGAACGUUCAACGGUUUAAAUAAUUUGCAAAUUCUCCACCUCGAGGAGAAUAAAAUUCACGAACUGAAAGGAUUUGAAUUCGAACACUUGUCCCACCUGCGGGAACUGUACCUGCAGAACAAUAUCAUAAGUCACAUAGGGAAUUUGACUCUUCUGCCGUUGCGGUCCUUGGAAAUUCUGCACCUGGACGGCAAUAGGUUAGUGAUAUUUUCAGUUUGGCAAGCUACUUUAAAUACCCGAUUAGUUCAACUGUGGUUGGGGAACAACCCCUGGUCCUGCCGCUGCAAGUUCCUGCAGGAGCUCACCUCCUGGGUGUCGGACAAUGCCCACAAGGUGGUGGACGUGAAGGAGGUCUGGUGCUACAACAACGAGGCGAGUCCGCCCUACCACCGGCAGCUCAGCGUCAACGAGACGGUCUGCUCGGACUACUUCACCCAGGGCGGCGUCAUCGACCACAUAAUGAUUUCAGACUACCUGCCGAUGGUGGCCGCCACGCUGUCGGCCGUGCUCCUGGUGCUGGUGCUGACCGUGCUCGCCUUCAUCUUCCGGGAGCCCGUGCGCACGUGGGCCUACUCCAAGUACGGCGUGAGACUGUGCGCCAGUGGCGCCGCCAACGACAGCAAGGACCGCCUCUACGACGGCUACUUCUGCUACAGCCCCAAGGACGAGGACUUUGUGCUGCACUCGCUGGUGGACGAGCUGGAGCACGGGCUGAGGGGCCUCAGGCUCUGCCUGCAUCACCGGGACCUGCCCUGUCUGCGAGCCCCAAGCUCCGUCAUCCUGGAGGCGGCCGAGGCCUCUCGAAGGGUGGUCAUCGUCCUCACCAGGAACUUCCUGCAGUCCGAGUGGGCCUGCUUCGAGUUCCGGGAGGCCAUCCACGAGUCCCUGCGCGGGCGCAUGAGUCAGCUGAUCGUCAUUCAAGCUGGGAUCAUCAUUUCAAAGGCGGAGACGGACCCCGAGCUCAGGCCCUACUUACGCUCCGCGACGGUCAUAAACUGGGGCGAGAAGAGGUUCUGGGAGAAGCUGCGGUACAUGAUGCUGCCUCACGACAGGACCAGGCCCUCCUUGUACAGAAACAACGUCAACACUUACACCCUCGAAAGUAGGACAGGAAAAGAGUGCGCCCCAACGCUCCAAGUACCUGGCAGCACUUCCGGCCACCACCAGUUGUUCCAGGGUUCGCCGGAACUGCUGCGCGCCCCGCCAGCCUACUCCAGCACCGCAUUCUUCGGCCACGACAAUGGGACCGAGUCCACUGCCACCAUAGAGAGCUCGAUAAACCCGAGCACUCGGCUCACAAUGAACCACGCAUACCAAGACCCUGCAUUAAACAGUUUCAACGAAAGCAGCAGAAGGCCCCUCUCGGAGCACAUUUACUCAUCCAUCGACUCGGAUUACUCGACUCUCGAGAAAAGUGUCUGGAGACAGCACAGUGCACAGCAACAACAGCAACAACAACAACAACAACAGCAGCAACAGCAAUCCGGACAAGCCUACCUUGUCUAGCUUGUUUUUACAGUUGCAUGCCUUCCUACGUUACCGUUAAAAUUUGCUCGAGUUAGAGGCCUAACCAUUUUAAUGAUCGUCUUCGUAAUACACAGCUCAUGUACCAAACAAAUCUAUCGCCGCUAUUGGCUCAGAGCCCAAUAAUAGCAAUAGAAGCUCAUUACAAUUUUCACUAAUCUUUCAUUUUUUUCUCUCAAACUCUAAAAUGAAAGUCUCAUCAGACUGAACAAAUUUAUUUACAAUUUAUUCUAUAUAUACUGUUAUAAAUCGCAUUUGCGGUUCACAUACAUCACUCUUGUACAUAUAACUUUGGAGUCGUUGUAUUUUCCCUUAUUUUUUAGUGAUAUAAAAAUAU